AUGCCUGGCCCUAAGUUGCAGAAUGAUAUUAGUGAUGUCUUGCUGUACUUUAGGUGUCACAAGUUUGUGUUCACUUGUGAUAUACGACAGAUGUAUCGCCAGAUUCUGGUGGCUGAAGAUGACAAGAAAUAUCAGUUAAUCUUUUGGCGAUCCAACCCUGAUGAAUCCCUUCAAGUCUUAAAGCUAAAUACCGUCACCUACGGUCUCAACUGUUCCCCGUUCAUUGCGAUCAGAACAUUACAACAAUUGGUCAAAGAUGAGGGUCACUCAUACCCCAAGGCGUCUGAGAUUCUAACUAAAUCAAUAUUUUAUGACGACAUCAUCGCUGGAGCAGAAAGUCUUGAUGAAGCUUUAUCUGCACAGAAUGAACUCAAGAACUUGCUCUCUAGAGGAGGUUUUGAACUCCGAAAAUGGAUUAGCAACGCACCCCAACUAUUGGACCAAGUCCCAAUUGAACACAAAGAGACUCCAGUGGAGUUAACUGAAAAUAGUGAAGCCUUCUUCAGUGUCCUAGGUCUAAAAUGGACUCCAGAGUCUGACAUGCUUUCUUACAAGGUUAAGGAUGUUGAAAUAAGUGCUAUACUUACAAAGAGAAGAAUAUUAUCUACAAUCGCUAAACUGUACGAUUUACCAGGAUUUCUUACACCCGUUAUUUUCUGGGCAAAAAAACUUAUUCAGUAUCUCUGGACAACAGGGCUAACUUGGGAUGAACCUGUUCCAAAUGAUGUUAGAACCAAGUGGCAUUCAUUCUUAGAAGAACUCCCAAUAAUUCAAGAAUUAAGAAUUCCACGCUACAUUUCUACUUCUCUGCAUACGGCCAACUCCACGGCUUCAGCGAUGCUUCAGAGAAAGGCUACGCUGCUGUUGUCUACCUUCGUGUCACUGACUCUCAAGAGAAUACAAGGCUCUAUCUCAUCGUCUCUAAAUCAAAAGUCGCUCCUUUGA